UCUUCUCUCUCCGCCUCCUGGCUUCUGCAGCGACGCGGCCCGGUCGGGAGCCGGAGCCGGAGCCGGAGCCGGAGCCGCAGAGACGUGGAAACAUGGAGGCUUGAGCAGGCGUGCGCACUCGGGCUCCGGCGGCGACCACGGCUUCUCCUGAUCGUCCUCCGCCACCCGCUCGUCGGUCAGCGAGCUGGAAGCGGAUCUCCCCCCUGCUGAGACAGGUAUUGAAGAAUCGUUGAAUGUUUUUGAGCUGGUUGUCUUGUGGAAAUGAAGGUUUAAGGACAAGUCAUUUACCAGAUUAGAAGAUGGGAUCGAACAGCAGCAGAAUCAGUGAUCUUCCUAAAAAUGAGUACUUAAAAAAGUUAUCAGGCACACAAUCUGUCUCUGAGAAUGACCCGUUCUGGAAUCAGCUUCUCUCGUUUUCUUUCCCUGCACCAACCAGUAGUUCUGAGUUGAAGCUCUUGGAGGAGGCAACCGUUUCGGUCUGCAGGUCUUUAGUUGAAAACAAUCCUCGAACAAGAAACCUUGGUGCACUAAUUAAGGUCUUCAUUUCUAGAACGAAAGAACUAAAACUUUCAGCAGAAUGUCAGAACCACAUCUUCAUUUGGCAGACACACAAUGCUUUGUUUAUUAUUUGCUGUUUGCUGAAAGUGUUCAUCUGUGAGAUGUCAGAGGAGGAAUUACAACUUCAUUUCACUUACGAAGAAAAAUCUCCUGGCACUUAUGGUUGUGACUCAGAAGAUCUUUUGGAAGAAUUGCUCUGCUGUUUGAUGCAGUUAAUCACUGAUGUUCCGCUCUUAGAUAUUACGUAUGAAAUAUCAGUAGAAGCUGUAUCAACAAUGGUUGUUUUUCUUUCCUGCCAACUCUUCAACAAGGAAGUUUUGCGACAGAGCAUCAGUCACAAGUAUUUGAUGCGAGGUCGAUGUCUUCCAUACACCAGCAAACUUGUGAAAACCUUAUUGUAUAACUUUAUCAGACAAGAAAAGCCACCUCCUCCAGGAGCACAUGUUUUCCCUCAGCAGUCGGAUGGGGGAGGACUGCUCUAUGGACUUGCAUCAGGAGUAGCAACUGGACUCUGGACUGUCUUCACACUGGGCGGUGUGGGCAGCAAAGCAGCUGCCACUCCAGAACUUUCUUCUCCUCUGGCCAACCAGAGUCUCCUGCUUCUGCUGGUGCUGGCCAAUCUGACAGAUGCUGCAGAUGCCCCAAACCCCUACAAACAGGCCAUUAUGUCCUUUAAGAAUACACAAGAUAGCAGUCCUUUCCCCUCAUCAAUUCCACAUGCUUUCCAGAUUAACUUUAACAGUUUGUACACAGCUUUGUGUGAACAGCAGACGUCUGAUCAAGCAACUCUCCUCUUGUAUACAUUGCUCCAUCAGAAUGGUAAUAUUAGAACAUACAUGUUGGCUCGCACAGAUAUGGAAAAUCUUGUUUUACCAAUUCUUGAGAUUCUGUAUCAUGUUGAAGAAAGAAAUUCACACCAUGUGUAUAUGGCCCUUAUAAUAUUGUUGAUCCUUACAGAAGAUGAUGGCUUCAAUAGAUCCAUUCACGAAGUGAUAUUAAAAAAUAUUACUUGGUAUUCAGAACGGGUUUUAACUGAAAUUUCACUGGGGAGUCUCCUGAUACUGGUCGUAAUAAGAACCAUUCAGUACAACAUGACAAGGACAAGAGACAAGUACCUUCACACAAAUUGUCUGGCAGCGUUAGCAAAUAUGUCGGCACAGUUUCGUUCUCUCCAUCAGUAUGCUGCCCAGAGGAUCAUCAGUUUGUUUUCCUUGCUGUCUAAAAAACACAACAAAGUUCUGGAACAAGCCACACAGUCCUUGAGAGGUUCACUGAGUUCCAGUGAUGUUCCUCUACCAGAUUAUGCACAAGACCUAAAUGUCAUCGAAGAAGUGAUUCGAAUGAUGUUAGAGAUCAUCAAUUCCUGCCUGACAAAUUCUCUUCACCACAAUCCAAACUUGGUGUAUGCACUGCUUUACAAACGGGAUCUCUUUGAACAAUUUCGAACUCAUCCUUCAUUUCAGGAUAUAAUGCAAAAUAUUGAUCUGGUGAUCACCUUCUUUAGCUCAAGGUUGCUACAAGCUGGAGCUGAGCUGUCAGUGGAACGGGUCCUGGAAAUCAUCAAGCAAGGGGUUGUUGCCCUGCCCAAAGACAGGCUGAAGAAAUUUCCAGAUUUGAAAUUCAAAUAUGUGGAAGAGGAGCAGCCCGAGGAGUUUUUUAUCCCCUAUGUCUGGUCUCUGGUCUACAACUCGGCAGUGGGCCUGUACUGGAACCCACAGGACGUCCAGCUGUUCACCAUGGGUGCCGACUGAGGCGGGUGCUGUCUCCCACCCUCACCCCUCCAGCCAAGCAUCCCUUCUCGUUGUUUUCUUUCUGGCAAACAGAACCAGACAGACUGCCUGGCGCAUCUUCUAUUAAAGAGGGUCACACGGGCGUGUUUCCCUUGCACACUUGGGUUUGGAGAAUUGGUGCCAGUUGGCAAUAUAUCACUCAGCUUAGAUUGUAGUGCAAAAAAAGGGGAUAGGGACACAAUAAUAAAUGUAAAAACCUGCCA